AGAGCCAAAGGAAAAGGAGGCCGCUCUUCUUCCAGUGGAAUAGCAGCCACAGUGUUUGGCGCCACAGGUUUCCUGGGUCGAUAUGUUGUCAAUAGGCUGGGUCGGAUUGGGUCGCAGGUUAUAAUCCCUCACCGCUGUGAUCAGUAUGACCUUAUGUACUUCAGGCCCAUGGGCGAUCUUGGACAAAUCCUUUUCCUGGAGUGGGAUCCCAGGAAUAAAGACUCCACCAAACAGGCUUUGGAGCACUCAAAUGUCGUCAUCAACCUGGUGGGCAGAGAGUUUGAGACGAGGAACUAUAGCUUUGAGGAUGUCUUCGUGACCAUCCCUCAGCAGAUUGCUAAGGCAGCCAGAGAGGCUGGCAUCACAAAAUUCAUCCAUAUGUCUCACCUCAACGCUGACAUACGCAGCCCGUCAAAGUACCUGAGGAACAAGGCUGUAGGAGAGACAGUAGUGAGAGACGAAUUUCCUGAUGCCAUCAUCAUGAAGCCCUCUGAAAUAUUUGGGAGGGAGGACAGAUUCUUCAACUAUUACGCAAACAUGCGCUGGUUUGGCAGUGCUGUUCCACUUAUUGCCCUGGGGAAGAAAACUGUGAAGCAGCCUGUUCAUGUGGUGGAUAUAGCCAAGGCUAUUAUUAAUGCUGUCAGAGAUCCUGAUGCUAAUGGAAAGACCUAUGCAUUAGUUGGUCCCAACCGGUACCUCCUUCAUGAUCUUGUGGAGUACAUCUACGCAGUGGCACACAGACCUUUUGUGCCCUACCCACUGCCUCGUCCAUUGUACCACCUUGUUGCUCAUCUUUUUUCAAUGAACCCAUUUGAGCCCUGGACAUCCCCAGAUAAAAUCGACCGGGUAAGAACAUCAAGAUUUUGGAAUAACUAUAAACUUGAAGGAGUGAGAAUAAUGCCACCAAUUGUAAAGGCUCUAUCACCAGUACUCUUUAUGCCUAUUACACUUAGAGCAGCUCUAACUAACUUUUGCCCUCCAACUUUCGACAGACUUGGCAAAUUAAGAAGAGUCCAAAUUAAAACCAGAAUAAUUCAUUACAAAGGUAUAAAAUUGAAAUGUUAACGUUAGCUUGCUAGUGAUACAGACAUAUACACAUUAGCCACCUCCAGUAAUUAUGCAUCUAGCAGGAAGAAAGCCACAUCUGCAUCAAAUUGUAGUCUUUUGGAUGUUUUUAAUGCUCUCUAUCUCCAACCCGGCAAACUGAUGUUAACCCUGGUUUUGCCUCAUUCUUUGUCACACUCACUCUGUGCUACAGAACAUGACCUCUUGGGUCUAACAAAUCCGCUCCCAUCCUGGGUUGGACCUGCAAAGGGAGCCUCCAUGGUCUGUCUUUGAAAUGAGCCAUACUGAUCUGACAAUGCCUCUUAUAACCUCAGAUCAGCAGAGGUGUGGAAAAAGUGUGAUGCAGAUUUUAACAACAGUGGCCACAGAGGGCAAGAAA